AUGACUGGUCGAGGAAAAGGAGGCAAAGGGCUGGGCAAGGGAGGUGCCAAGCGUCAUCGGAAGGUUCUCCGCGAUAACAUCCAAGGAAUUACCAAGCCCGCCAUCCGUCGAUUGGCACGCCGUGGAGGCGUGAAGCGCAUUUCCGGCCUGAUCUACGAAGAGACCCGGGGGGUGCUGAAGGUCUUUCUGGAGAACGUGAUUAGAGAUGCCGUCACCUACACCGAACACGCCAAACGCAAGACUGUCACCGCCAUGGAUGUGGUGUACGCCCUAAAACGACAAGGGCGAACAUUGUACGGAUUUGGCGGUUGAGGAUUGCCAAUCCUUUUUGACGAACAUGACAGUUUGCCUUGCUCGCUCUGAGAUAGUAAAUAUUCUUUAGAAUAAAUAAAGAACAUUGUCGAAUACAA